UCUACCGCCGGCCGCCGCGCGCCCCGCCCGCCUGUCUUGUGUAGAGCCGCGACCCGCGAGUGUUCUCAAGUGAUGUCGACUUGUGACUAGUGCCAUGCUCGUGCUGCGCUGUGUUCUGCUGGCGGCACUCGUCGCUGCCGCCGCCGCCGCCUGGCAGGAGAACGUCAGGCCCAAGGUCUUCGCACAAUUAGGGGUCGAUGACACGCACAAGUUUCUUGGAAACGACACACAUACAGAUUACUUCAGAUUAUUAUUAAGGGAUGGAAAUUAUCUCCUAGUCGGUGGCAGGAACGUGGUGUACAACCUCAGUCUGACAGACCUGACGGAGCAGCGUCGGCUGGUCUGGUACUCACCAGAAAAUGACGUCAAGAUGUGCGUCGUCAAAGGAAAGGACGAGGAGAGCUGCCAAAACUACAUACGAGUGCUGGUGUCCCUCGGUCCUGGUAGACUGCUGGUCUGCGGCACCAACAGCUUCAGACCCUUCUGUAGAGAGUACAGCGUCCAACGAGACUCCUACCACAUGGAGCGAGAGAAGUCAGGGCAAGCUGUAUGCCCGUACGACCCUGAACAUAAUUCCACCGCCGUUUACGCGGACGGGGAGUUAUAUUCGGGAACAGUGGCGGACUUCAGUGGUAUGGAGCCGAUAAUAUAUCGAGAACCUUUGCAAACGGAGCCUUACGACUCAAUGACGUUAAAUGCUCCGGACUUCGUGAAUUCGUUAGUACAUGGAAACUUCGUGUACUUCUUCUUUAGAGAAACAGCUGUUGAAUAUAUUAAUUGCGGGAAGGCUGUAUACUCCCGCGUAGCUCGAGUGUGUCGCGACGACCGCGGCGGGCCUCACCGGUUCAAGCAGCGAUGGACCUCCUUCCUCAAGUCCAGGCUCAACUGCUCAGUAGCUGGAGACUUCCCCUUCUACUUCAAUGAAAUACAAUCAACAACGGAGCUAAUAGAAGGAGUAUACGGCGGUCUGAAUGCGCAGUUAAUUUACGGAACAUUCACGACCCCGCCCAACAGUAUAUCGGGUAGUGCUGUCUGCGCGUUCAGCAUGCAAGACAUCGCUGACACCUUCGAAGGAACAUUCAAGGAACAAAGCGCGAUCAACUCUAAUUGGUUGCCUGUUAAUAGUGCAAAAGUACCGGAGCCCCGGCCAGGAACAUGUCACAAUGACUCGAGGCAGCUUCCAGACCAGACACUAAACUUCAUAAAGACACACGCACUAAUGGACGAGUCUGUGCCAGCUUUCUUCGGAGAACCUAUCGUUAUACGGACCAGUUUUCACUAUCGAUUUACACAGAUAGCUGUAGAUCCACAAGUGAAGACGCCUGGUGGGAAAGCAUAUGAUGUCCUAUUCAUUGGCACAGACAACGGCAAAAUCAUCAAAGCCAUCAACGCAGUUUCCUAUGACUCCAACAAACGCGCGGUGCCGGUCGUCAUCGAGGAGUUACAGGCUUUCGCAGCUGGUUCUCCAGUCAGAGCGCUCAGAGUAGCGAGAGCUGGUCGUGACGCUGCUCGACUAAUCGCUGUAUCAGAUAGACAAGUCCUCAGCUUGAGGCUACAUCGGUGUUCCAGUGAUAAGAUUAGUUCUUGCUCCGAAUGUGUGGCGUUACAAGACCCGUACUGUGCGUGGGACAAACAAGCGGGUCGGUGUCGCGCCUUCUCCCACGGAGUCAGUCGGUGGCUGGACGAGAACUCCUUCUACCAGAGCGUCAGCACCGGCAGCCAUGCUGCCUGCCCUCACAGUAAAGACGCUGGUGCAGUAGGAGGUCUCAGUUCAGGUCUAUACGAUGACGCCCGAGGUGAGACGAAGGGAGAAGUCAUCAACAUCGUACAAGACAAAGACGGAAAAGGAGGAGGUGGAGGUAACGAAGGUCCUGAAGUUCUUGCGGCGGAUCCUCCACCAGCUGCAUACUCAGUAGAAACUCUAGCGUUAGCAGUAGCAGCUGGUGCUUUAGCCGCGCUAGGCGCUGGAUUCGCCGCCGGGUACAUUUGCGGCAGACGGUGUAAGAAGGACGACGAUGACAAUAUGCCUUACCCCGAUACUGAGUAUGAGUACUUUGAACAAAGGCAGAAUAUUAAUAGGAUUCAAGCAGAACCUAAGCUCCUGCAGCAAGUAGAAGAAGUGACAUAUGCUGAGCCAGUGCUAGCUCCUCAGCCGAAGCCCGCGUCUCCCCGCGCCACGCUGCGCAAGCACCCCCCAUACCACCCUCACCACGAGACGCUGUUCCAGUUCCAGCCCGACGCGUACCGUCGUGACAACUUCGGAACUCUUCGCUCUCAUCAGGCAUGUCAGUUAACACAGGAAUAUUCGGACCGCAGGGCGAUGGGUACAGGCGCGGCAACGACAAUGGCUUCUCGACCACGCGCUCAGUGAAGAAAGUGUACCUCUGAGAAACAAGCGGGGCGGACUCGCGCGACCAAAUGCAUCAUCAUAAACAUAAUACGCACCACCACCAUACGCUGGUGUCGCAGCGCAGCAGCGGCUCGGGGUCAGCGUCGGCGAGUGGCGGCGGGUCGUCGUCGUCUCCGUCGCCGCCGUCGUCGUCGCCGUCCCCGUCGGGCGAGCGGCCCCCCACGCCGCCGCCGCCCGCGCCGCAGCCGUGCGCCUACAUCUACCGCAACUAGCGCGCCGCCCCGCCCCCCUCGCGUGACGUCACACGUCGCGCCCCUUACGUGAUAGAGACACCACCCGCUCCCGCGCCCGUGACGUCACUGACACGCGUGAUUGAGACAUUCCAAAAUUAACGACAUUGUUAUUCGAAUCGUUUUCGACUGAGUGACGUUCGAUGGAACGUGUUUUGUUAUUGCCGACCCUGUAGUGAAUACUGUGGACACGACGACGUCGUACGUCGUAUCGCAUCGUACUGUUCGUUGGACAUGUUGAGCGUUAUCCGUUACGCAACUUCGGAAUGGCUGAAUUCUAAAACAUUUGUAAUUUCAUAGAAUAGGUACUAUGUAUAUUUAAAUGUGGAUUGUUAUAACAAAGAAAUGCUAUUACAAAACAUUCUUCCAUGAAAAUAAAUAUAUACGUACUGGUAAUUUAUCCACAAUCUAAAUUGAUCGGAUCUAUGGUCAGAGGAUGUGAGAAAAAAAUAUGUAUUUUUUUUAAAAGACGGAACAAUAUUAUCGAUUGAUAACUAUAAGAUGAAUAAUGUAACAAAUUGUAGAUUGUUUAGAAUAUACAUAGUUUACAAAUAAUGUAGGAGAAAAUAUAAGUUUUUGUUGGUAACAUGUUAACGAAUAGUUAAUUUAAAACUGUGUCCACCAUUGCAGUUGUUCCAACAUGUUCCAGCAUUGUUGGCGACAAAAUGGAAGAGUUGCAAUGGAGUCACGAGACGCUUUUUUACAUAACUACUAUUUUAGCAUAACGUCAUUAAAUUAAGGAGGGUUCUCUUAUUCUAAAGUUUUAGAGUUAGUAUAACUUGACGACAUUGGGGGCAACACCGCUGAGGUCACCAAAUUAUAAAUAUAUAAUGUCAAGUGUUAUGUUCAAAUGGAGAAAUAUUUAUGUGGUGUUGCAUGAUGUUGCCGAGCUAUAUCUAGUUUAAACAAUGAUUAUAAACAUUAUAGUUGAAACAAUGACAUAAUGAAACACAAAAAUAUGAUAUAAAUUAUAUUUACCAUGUAUAAAAUGAUAUGUAAAGUUCUGACUUAUUCAUUCAUUAAAAAGUGCUUCUUAUGGGUGUAUUUAGAUAACUAGGAGAUCGUUUUGAUAAUUAUUGGAUAAUGUUAUAGAGUUAGCUUUAUGUAUACAUAGAUACAUAUAAUAUAGUUAAGGCGGCACUGUGAUGCCACAUUGCCAAUUUAGAUUGUUGGUGCGCCAUAUUGUAUAGUUACAGACCGGUAACUGUGAUCAUUGUGUACAUACAUUCUGUGACACUGACGACGUCUCCUUUUGUCUACUGUCGUUUCUAUAAAUUUAACUUUCCAGAAAUGUGGGCCAAACGUUUGUAAAAAUCCUUUUUCGAAAGACGUUCCUGUUGCUAAUUUUGUAAUUGGCGAGGAUUUAGAAUCCCCUCGUUGAAUGGUCGCUUUACGAAUUGUUUUGUAAACUAGCUAGCGAUUACUUUCGACCCCGAUAUUGUAUAGUGUUCAGACUCACCUUCGCUCAUUGUUGACAAUUGAAUGUGUGUAAAGAAAAUGUCAAUUCUAUUUGUAAUGACUUAGUGCCUAAGUGUGUGUGGCAGGAUUGUAAUUUGUACACUACAAUGAUUCAGUUUUUCUUUUGACUGAUAUUAGUGCGGACUUUAGCGCGCCUUUAGAGUAGCGAUUACAGUAGACAAGAUGUAAAGAACACGAUAGAUAUUGCUUCAGAACUCUGGUGAGAUCUCCCGCGUCACAGUACAACCUGACAAUUGUAAUUUAUUAUCCGAAGAUUGGUGCAAAAACAUUGUCUCAUGAUCUGGAGAUUGUAAACUUGUCAGAGUUAUUUGGCAGUAAAUAAAAGAUAAUUUUUAUACGCCAUAAUAAUAAAAAAGGGCAUUCUCGACAUUGCCUUCAUAAUACUCAAGUUUAUUUCAUUUGAUAAAAUACCAAAGAUGCCAUGAUUUUAAUGUAAAUUAUUUAUUUAUAUAUUAGUGUUUGCUAUCUAAUGACGUAAUUACUUAAUCAAGUUGUUAUUUUAUAUGAAUAUAACUGCCAAUUUGUAUACUUAUUUUAUAAUUAACCAAAGCAACGCACAGAUUAUUUUUUAAAUUAAUUAAUCCGUAUGAAAUGUAGAUGCUUUAACAUGGCAGAAUUGUUCGGAAAAUAUUUAUGUACGGCUAUGAAAAUGGCAAAUUGUGAAUAUGUAUUUAAACUCUAAGCUUGCAGUCCUUAGUAAGUAGUAUAAAAAGUAUUUAUCCUGUUACAUAUUUAAUGUUGAUUGUAUUUAUAGUCCGUUCGUUACAAAUUGAUCCUCUGACGACACAAUUUGAAGUUGUCGACUUAUACGUGGGGUUGCCACUUAACUUUACUAAAUCAGUACCUCAAUGUUGCCAUUUUCACAGUUUGUAAUAAGAAAAUUAAUUAACACGUACAUACGUAAGUGAGGCUAGUACUUGUAAAUAGCAAGUUCUGUAAUGUAAUUAGUUUUCGUCGAGUAAAUAAUUUAAGCGUUAGAGUUUAAGCGCAAGACAUUUUUGAAAGUGAAUUGUUAAGAAUUGUUUUUGUAUUACUUAAAAAUAAUAUUGAUGAAAUGUACAAUAACCAUUUCUACGUUUAAAUUACUGAACCACCUUUUUAUACUCGUAAAGUUAACUGUAAUCAUAAACAUGCCUAGAAGUUUCUUGUACUAAGCGUAAAUAUUGAUUUAUAAUAUAUUGAAAAUUAUAUAGAUCGUAUCGUAAUGUAGCAUAUAAUAGACAGCUUAAUUUUGGUUGAAACUCGAAGCCUUAGUGUUAGAAAUUGAAGACUUUUAUUGAAAUAAAGGAAUAAGUAACAGAUUGGAUUAAAUAAAAACAAUCCGCAACUUUUAUUAAAAUAUAAUGUUAAGGUAUAACUCGUUAUGUCACAUUACUCUCAAACUAUCCAUCACAUAACUAUUCUAUGUUAUAGUAUCUAUGUAAAUAUGGAAAAUGAGUUCUAAAGACAGGCGGGUAAGCGCCACUUUUCACUGAGACAUGGUAUAGAGUUUACCUACGCGACACGCUACUCGUUAAGAAUUUACAGAACGUUAAAGUAUACCUUAAUAAAUUAUAUUCACGUUUAAUAAGUAUUGCCUUAGUGCAACAUUAGAUUAUGCCACGAUGCUCAGUGAACUGUAGGCCGAAUAACAAAUAAGGAAGUUUGGUUUCGCUGCGUGCAAUAUUUUUCUACUUGGAAACUUUUCUCGGAAUUCUAAUUUCAAAAUUAUACGUUAAAAAUUUUAAAAUUAGAAUUGAUGGCAGCGCAUUUUGUGUUUACGGCGUUAAGAUUUCUUUAUCACAAAAUGUUUAAUUAUAUGUAGGUAGGACAAAUUAAUAAUAAAUAACUACCUAAGGAAAUGUAGGAAUAAUGAAAAAAAAAUGUUACCAUUUAGAGCCGUUUAUUAUAUUUUCAUCCAACCAUUCGCUCUCAGCAAAAAAAAAAAUAAAGCAUUUUGUGAUAAAGGAACGCAAGACGGUAUAUCAUGAAGUAACUAUGGGAAGUGCCUAACUAUAUUACCUAUUUGCACCUCUAGUACUACGGACCCCGUUAUUUCCCAUGAACCGACCAUUAUCUCAUAAUCAGAUUUAUAAGCGUUGGUUUAAAUUUAGUCUAUAUUUUGUCCGCUAUGCAAUUAACAGGCCGAAUAUAGCUUAAAAUUAAACACUUAUCUUCCGUGCUAAGUGAUAGUGAGUUUCUAAUAGUGUGCCUUUAGUAUCGCAUAGUUACCGCCCUUUAGAAACUCGAAAAAGAAUAUUGGAAUAGAUCAAUCAAUUUAUUUUUGAACCUCAUAAACAGUAUCCUUAGUACGAGUUUGCUUUACAUCGAAACGAGAGCGCGUUCGGCGCUCUGAUUGGUUGGUUUAUUCGAGCCGGCCAAUCAGAGCGCUGAACGUACUCUCGUUUCGAUUACUUUAAACGUAAAACAAACUCGUACUAAGGUUACAGUUAUACUUCGUACAAUUUUACUAGUAGUCAUAAAGUAUACGUCAUCAUUUUUACAGAUAAAUUCACUUACUACAUUACCUGUUAUUCCAAUUCACUAUUUCUAUACCUGAUGAUAGUUUGGUAAUCUAUUGUAAACCUAUGAUUAUAAAUUACCUUUUCAUUCUCAUUAACUCAUUACAUAUUUUGUACUAACCUUUUCAUUUGCUCUUUUCUCCUGCGACAUGAAAGAUGUAGUCUCUGUCUUGAGACUAAUCUGUGUUUUGUCUCUAAACAAACUCUAGAAUGAGGCGAAAUGUGUUUUACUCUUAAAACAGAGUCUAAUUUUAGUUUCUUUUAAGGCAUAGGUUUAAGUAGGGGUUUUAUAAAUAAUAAUGCAAACGCAAUUGCAGUGAUAGAACUGUUACACCUUAUUCGCUGCCCGUAUUUAUAGAGUGCAAUUUUUUUAUAACUAGAGACGAAUAGAUUGUAAAACAUUGAUUUGCAAAAUAUGAAAUAAACAGCUCACUGAAGCAAGGUUUUAUAUUUUACUCUUCAUUGUUUGAAAUGUUAUGAUCAUUUUCUCAUUAAAAUAUUAUUAAUAUUAUGCUAAAUAUUUUAGCAAAGGAUAAAAAUGUAUUCCUUUUCUUUAGUAAAUAAAAUAUUGAAACUCGAA